AUGCAAAGCAAUACUAGGGGGCAGGAAGAAAUUGCGCACGAGACUAGCGGUGCGUUCGAACUUCUUCAGCAACAGGGUAGUCAAUGUGAAAUUGCGCACGAGACUAGCGGGGAACAGUUACAAUGCGACUUUCAUCCGCGUUGGUACCUGCCUCAUCAUGCAGUAUUAAACCCAAAGAAGCCGGAAAAGCUGCGUAUAGUUUUGGAUUGUGCGGCAAAACACAAGGGGCAAUCGUUGAAUGACAUGCUCUAUCAAGGUCCAGACACCACUGCAAAUUUAGUGGGUAUACUUUUGCGAUUCCGUAAGGAACUUGUAGCUGUUACAGCUGACAUAGGAGAUAUGUUUAUGCAAGUGAAGGUGCCAAAACAUGAUAGAGGAGCAUGGAGAUUUCUCUGGUGGCCACAGGGUGACCCACUCAAGGAUCCCGAGGAAUAUCAAAUGACAGCUCACCCGUUUGGUGCAACUUCUUCACCGUUUUGUGCUAAUUUUGCCUUGAACAGGGCUGCAAGAGAAUUCGGUAGUGGUUAUGGGCGUGCGGUGCUAAAAGCCAUAGAAGAAAACUUCUACGUUGAUGACUGUCUUGCAUCGUUUACGACAUUCAAUGAAGCCUUACGUUUUGGGAAGGAAAUAACCGAACUAUUGGGAAGAGGUGUUUUAAAACUGAGAAGGUGGUCAUCUAACUCACCCGAACUUGCAGAAUCCCUCUCCGAGGACAGCAAAAGUACCAACCUGGUUCAACUGCCUCAAUGUGAUUCCAGUUGUCAGAGAGUUUUGGGCUUGCAGUGGGANCAAGAAGAGGUAUAUUAUCCAGGGUCAGUUCGGGGUUUGACGCGCUAG